ACUAUCCUCCGCGGUGAAAUAGAUCUUCCAACACCCCCUUUCGCUCACCCACACCUGUGCUUUUUUUCCUCCUUUCGAUCGAAGGUCGAUGGCGAAGCCGUCGGCCGCCACAAUACUAAUCUACGCCACCGCCGCUCUCCUCACCCUCCUGCUUCUCGCCUCCGUACCCCCGAGGACCCCCCGCCGCCACCGCCAGCACCACCACCGCCGCCUCAAGCUUAGCCACAACACCUCCUCCGCCUCCUCCCACCAUCAAAUCCCCUUCGAUCCCAUCAUCGCAGACAUCGAGCGCCGACGCGAGGCCCGGCAGUGGGAAGGGGACCAUUUCCGCCUCCCUCACCACGAGGAGUCCCAGCCGGAAUGGGACGACUUCUUCGACCCCAAGGACUACGUCGACGGCGAGGAUCGCUUCAACAUCACCCACCGCAUCGUCGUCCUCUUCCCCCGCAUCGACGUCGGCCCCGCCGAUGGGUUCGUGAGCUCGACGGAGCUUGCCGAGUGGAACUUCCAGCAGGCCGCCCAUCAGGCGAUCCACCGGUCCGGCCGCGAGCUGGAGCUCUGCGACAGCAACGGGGACGGAUUUGUCUCGUUUGAAGAGUAUCGACAAUCUGUUAAAGCUUCGCCUGUUGAUGAAACAGGAUGGUGGAAGGAGGAUCACUUCAAUGCCUCAGAUACUGAUGGAAAUGGACUUUUGAAUUUGACCGAAUUCAAUGACUUCCUACACCCUGCUGACAGUGGCAACCCAAAACUGAUCCAGUGGCUGUGCAAAGAAGAAAUAAGGCAAAAAGAUGGAGAUGAAGAUGGGAAGCUUAACUUCAAAGAAUACUUUGUUGGAUUAUUUGACUCGAUACGAGAUGAUGAUGGACCCUACAAUCAUUCUGCCACCUUAGGACAAGAAAAAAUGUUAUUUUCAAGGCUUGACCAGGACAAUGAUGGGUUCUUAUCGGGAGAUGACCUCGUUGGUGUGAUUGGUAAAAUUCACCAUUCUGAACGCUACUAUGCAAAACAACAAGCUGAUUAUGCACUUUCAGAGGCUGAUUCAGAUAGAGACAGCCAGCUAAGUUUGAAGGAGAUGAUAGAACACCCGUAUGUGUUCUAUAGUUCUAUCUUUAGUGAUGAUGAAGAUGAAGACUUUGAUGAUUUCGAUUAUCAUGAUGAAUUCCGCUAAUGCUCCACAAGUUGCACACUGGGUUUCAAUGAGCAACAGCGACUCUUGGCACAUGAUUAUUUAUGGUCAGUGAGCCAUUCUCUGCAUGCUACCCAGUCAGUCUUGUUUCACUAAUAUGAAUUUUGCAGCUGCUCCAGCCACUACCAGUAAAUGACAGCUAAGGGUGCCAAUCGCUAUCCUAGCUUUACUUUGUGGAACAGGUUGUCUGAUGCCAAGCUCUCAGCCGAUUGAUGAUUUGCUUCUCUUGAUGAUUGAUUCAUGGAUUAGACUGGUCCUUCUGCUACUCUACUUUUCUCUGACGAAGUACAAUUUUCCAAGCAGCCAUCCUCUUAAGAGAUUGGUGGUGACUGUUCAAUCAGCCAAUUUGUUUUCAUCAUGUAAAUCAAUGCAUUCCCCCCUAGAAUGACAGCAAAGUUGAUGAAGAAAAAUUCUUGUGUUGUAGAGACUAUUAGUGUCUCCAAAAAAAUUUAUACUAGGAUUCAUGUACUGUGCAUAUUUGU